AUGUGGGAGCCGGAGCGCUACCCUUUCACCGGGAAGGGCUCCUCCAGGAUAGAGGAAGCAUGCGACAUCUACGCCCGAGCAGCAAACAUGUUCAAAAUGGCCAAAAACUGGAGCGCCGCGGGGAACGCCUUUUGCCAGGCGGCGCAGCUCCACCUGCAGCUGCAGAGCAAGCAUGACGCAGCCACCAACUUCGUGGACGCGGGCAAUGCCUUCAAGAAAGCCGACCCGCAAGAGGCCAUUAACUGUUUGAUCAGAGCUAUCGAGAUCUACACAGACAUGGGUCGGUUCACCAUCGCCGCGAAGCACCACAUAUCGAUAGCGGAAAUCUAUGAGACGGAGCUGGUGGACAUCGAAAAGGCGAUAGCCCACUACGAGCAGGCUGCGGAUUACUACAAGGGGGAAGAGUCCAACAGCUCUGCCAACAAGUGCUUGCUGAAAGUGGCCACUUACGCGGCCCAGCUGGAGCAGUACCAGAAGGCCGUGGAGAUCUACGAGCAGGUGGGCACCAGCGCCAUGGACAGUCCCCUGCUGAAGUACAGCGCCAAGGAGUACUUCUUCAAGGCGGCCCUCUGCCACUUCUGCAUCGACAUGCUCAACGCCAAGCUGGCCGUGCAGAAGUACGAAGAGAUGUUUCCGGCGUUCACGGACUCCAGGGAGUGCAAGCUGGUCAAGAAAUUGCUGGAUGCUCACGAGGAACAGAACAUUGAUGGCUACACCGAUGCGGUGAAGGAAUACGACUCCAUCUCCCGCCUGGACCAGUGGCUCACCACCAUGCUGCUCCGCAUCAAGAAAACC